AAGUGAUUGCUUUUUGACCCUCGUACGCUGAAAAUCAAUGCCCAAAAGUUCUAAGAAAAAAAAAGAGAAGGUAGCCGACUUUGCAAAAGCAAAGCUCAAACUAGGCAAGGGGAAGAAAAUAUCCAGCAAUGUAGUUGACACCUCGUUCAAGGCUCGGAGUAUCGCGCUUCCAACGCAGAGCAUCACUGUGGAAAAGGACAACGUACCAACGACCAGGAGGAAACAAACAUUCGGGGACAUACUUUCCCUUCUAAAACAUCACAAUGCCGGCGUGCGCAAAGAUGCAAUAUUUAGUGUAAAGGAAUUAUUCAACGAUUACCCAGACCUCGUCACUAGCUCGAUGGCACCACUGUUUAGUGUCUGCGCACGUCUUAUUGGCGAUACGGAUGCUGGGAUUCGCAAAGCGCUACUCUCUUUCUUUGAAUGGCUACUAGUACGAGUACCCAAAGACGAUCUAAUUCCCCAUGCACCCUUACUUCUUCUUUUCACGACCUCAGCACAAACUCACAUAUUCCCUGAAAUACGGGUCGACGCAGUGCGGCUCUUGAACCUGUUCAUCGGGACCCUGCCAGAAUAUGUCGUCAUGGGUUGGAAUGAGAGUGGGUCAGGCCUUGGCAGGCGCAUCUUAGACGGCUACUUGGGAUUGUUAAACAUUUCCACCAAGUUUGGACAGAAUGCAUCAGAUGACAGGACUCCUGUUGCAUCAACGGGUUCCGUGACGCUUUCUGCUCAGUCAAAACUUGUAGUUCUGCGCUCUCUUUCCAACUUUCUUUGUUAUGCAGUCUGCCGACGACCUGCUACUGAAGCAGAAGUCAGUAAUCAAAGUCCAGCUGUGCUGCCUCUUCCGACGUGGUUCUUACGUCCGUUCUUCGCAUCCGCGCGUCUCUACGAAGAACAUGGCCGCCUAUUCAAUGGACCAAUUAUGGGCGAUCAGGAAAAACAUAUGUUCUGGGCACCCGAACCGGCAUCUGAUUCGUUCGAUGAAGACUUCGUCUACAAUUCCGAUAUUGUUGUCAGUCUGCCGGUAGCAGCGUCGUGUCUGACGGAACUAUUUGAUAGUUUUGCCGACCGUAACGGGUCCUCCGACUCCGCGAACGAUGUUGAUUUUCUGAUGCGUCUGGCUAAUGCCCUCCAUCCGACUUUGAUCGCUUCAUAUCUUGAGUGCGCGCCUGUCAUAUUUUCGCCAAGCAUCAACCCUUCGGACACUGAUCUCCCAUUGCUGACGACGGCGAUGGAAAUUACGCGAACGCUCUACAGCGUUAUAUUGCAAAGUGCUAGUCAGAGCUCUGAGGCAGCUACUCGUUGCGAUGAUUUGAAGGCACUACUGGGCCACCUGUCUUGCUAUUUUCCCUUCAAACCAGCCUAUAAAGACGUAAAGAUGGAACAGGCCUUCCAAAAUCUCAAUGUGAUAUACUGCGAGCUGGUGUCUCUCUUAGUUCUUGUCUUAUCUUUGCCAAGCCCAAAGGCAAGUAAACAAGGUCGGACAUUGCUCCCUCACACGAAGGUGGACAAGAAACUUCAAAUGCAAGCGGAGUCAAUUCGCAUAUACGUUGUCCGUCUUCUGAAAGGGGAAGGCGAAUUAGGCGCACAACUACCCAGGCCCAUCACGCCCAUAGCGUAUAUCGCGUUGCUACCGUCGAUAUGGGCGUUGCUGAAUCAGCUAGAUGGCCCCAAAGACCACUUGGAUGAGGUUGUCUCAUCGUCUGUCCUGUCAGCGGUCCUCGAUCACGCCAUCAGGACGCCGUCAAGUUCUGCGGUUAAACACGUGACCAUAGAAUUUUUGGCUCGACUCCUGCUUCUUGAAAAAGAAAGAGGCUAUGUUGGGGUUUUUAACCCUCGAAAUGCUGCCGCAGACGAGAAGUGGCUACAGUGGAUUCUUCAUCUUCCGAGGGUACUGUGGGAGUUGGGUGACAGCAACCUGUCAACUUCUGUGACACUCAUCCAAGCCCUUCUGCGUCUACUUCAGCGUGGAUCAUUCGUGGUCCAUCACAGGCACGUUGCGUUACUGUGUGCCCGCCUCGUUCCGUUCUUCACGAUCACACACCCUUCGCGUGGUAAAAUCGCUGGCCCGUUCCGCAAGCUUGCAACGUCUUCGCCACGUGCUGGUCGUCUUGCUCUCGACCUUUCCGCGACACUUCUUGCGGAGCGGGUCAAGGACGUAUCCGAAGAUAGCAGCAGUAGCUUCCAAGAUCUCGAUCAGGCUAUACGUGCAGCGAUCAAGGGCACCGUGGAAGAGGAGUAUUGGGUUCGCUUGGCCAACUCCGUGGUGUGAGAGUGAUAGUGUGCUUACGGCCGUGGUCCGAGGAGUCUGACAGGGUGCGGGUGGUUGCCAGGAGGAGAAUGCGUUGAUCGGGCUUUACACAGUUUCCGCGCACCCUCGGCUUUCCUCGCCCGAGCCCUUAGAUCCGCGGGUGGGGACCUGCCGGGACUUGCAUGCCACCAUACCACGGGUGAAGCUGCACCCCCAUGGCAUUAGUACGCUAUUUACAACUGUCGUUCAUGACUUGCAGCAUGUAAUCUGAUGCCCGCUUCACGG